UACAUUUUGUGUAAAAAAAAUUAAAUUAAUUUUUAAACUUUUACAAAAUUUUAUUUUAAAUAUGAGUGAUAAAAAUUUUGCUUCAAUGCUUAAACCGGUUCCGAACACACUAUUUGCCCCAGCACCAACUGAUCGUUAUGCCAUUGAAUACAAUAUGAAUCAUAAAUUCAGAGGCCUUGGAAUAAUAUUUAAUCAUGAGAAUUUUCUGAGUAAUGACAAACGAGAAGGUACUAAUAAAGACUGUGCUGAUCUGCAGAAAACAUUGACGAAUUUGGGUUUCAAAGUUGAUAUUUAUUCGGAUUAUACAAUGAAGGACAUAAAGAAGACUCUUGAAAAUGUACAACUUACGGAACCUUUUAUUUUAGUUGCUGCCCAAGAUUUCAGUGAUAGUGAUUGCAUAGCUGUUACUCUUUUAACUCAUGGUGAAAAAGGUGGAUUUGUUCAUGCCAAAGAUGAAAUGUAUUUAUUGGAUUUGAUGUUUUUAAAUUUUACAAGCGAUAAAUGUCGAACAUUAGCAGGAAAGCCAAAAAUAUUUUUCAUACAAGCAUGUCGUGGUGAUCAAACGGAUUCUGGCAUCGAGCUAAGGCCCCAGACUCAAACGGAGUCAACUGGAUUUUGUGACAGUUAUCGUAUACCUAUAAUAGCUGAUUUUUUUAUAGCUUAUAGUACAGUGUCAGAUCACUUGUCAUUUCGUUCUCCUACACGAGGUUCGUUUUUCAUACAAGAAUUGUGUAAAGAACUCAAUUUGAACGGCAAAAAAUACGAUAUCAAUACAUUAUUCACUUUUAUAAAUCAAAAUAUAGCCAUAAAUUAUACAACAGGUGAAGCUUGUGAUCGAGAAUAUCAAAAUAAAAAGCAGAUGUCCUGCUUUACAUCAACAUUAACUCGUAUUUUAAUUUUCAAGGAUAAAAAUUAACAGAAAAAGCUUUUACUUUUAAAUAAAGUUAAUACAAAAUAUAAAAAUAAAUUACAUAUUAUGUAGUAUUUCACUUAUAUAUAUGUGUAUUUUUAACAAUAGAUUUAUUGAGUAACUAAAAACUUCAAGUAUUUCGUGUACUGAACGCCUUUCCAAUAAAUUUUGUUUACUGUUUAAUAGUU